AAAGUGGAUGCAGUAUCCCUGGUGAACAUGUCAAAUGUACAUUAGAUAGCUUACUGUCUACUUUGGAUGUUGGGUUUUGAAGAACCUGACACCCUGGGAUCCUGCCAAAUUUGUAAUUUGUGCGGGGGAUACCUAAAUAAUGCUUAACUGACGUCGUUGUGUUUGUGUCAUGGAUGUGCAAUAUAAUGCAGUUGCGUGUAAAUGAAGGGAAGUUUGACAGAUGCUAUCUUCUAUGGUUGGUUGGUAUAUUCCUAUAUUGGAACCAACCAAUCUUUGUGUGUGAACUGUAGUAUUUUUGGAAAUUAGCUUCGUGCUAAAUGAUGUUUUUUACUUUGAGCAGGUUUUGAGUUCAGAUCUGAUUGACUGGAUGAAUUUUGUUGUACUUUUGAAUGCAUGGAACUUGAAUUCCCAUGAGCUUGGCUUCUCAGGUAGAGAUGCAGCUAAACCUGGUACUUGGCACCUUGUGAAUUCUUUGCUAGAGAAGUAUAUCCUGGAGAAGAUCAGAUCAAUGCAACCCCUAGUUUCUUCUCCCGGAAGUGAUCUUCCUGUUUUGGUGCAAUUAGUUACAGAACCCUUGGCUUGGCAUGGUCUUGUAAUCCAAUCGUGUGUCCGGUCAACUGUACCUUCUGGGAAAAAGAAGAAGAAAGGUGGAUCUGCAGACUGUCAACCGUCUAAUGAAAUUCAAGACUCAAUCCGGUCUCUAUGCGGUAUACUAGAGGAUGUUACAAAAUGGCUAAGUGAGCAAAUCAAUAAGCCAGUUGAGGAGAAUUUGGAAAUCAUACUUUCCUCACUCCAAGGUGAAAAACAGGGUGAAGGGCCCGGGAAGGUCUUCCAAGUUCUGGAAACUAAAAUCUCAUCGAUGAAUGGUUUAGACGUGGGUGAUCGGAUUGCCCAAGCAUUACAAUGUUGGAAUUCUGCUGAUGUUGCUAGGAAAGUCAUAACUGGGCAAGGUAUGGUACUGACUGAGUUUCUCAGAAUUUGCAAAUCAAAAAUAAAAUUGAUGCAGGCACUGAAACCACAUGUAUAGGACAAGUUUGAAAGGCUGCUAGUUGGAAAACAGUUUUGUAUCUGUGAUUUGAUACGAGGAUGCCUCAAAUGUGAUGAUCUUUAGCUGAGAGUGAAACUUUUGUACCACUUUUAGCUACCUUGUCUGCUAAGGGAGUUGAAAAAGACCGCUCACGCUGGAAUCCUAAGCUACGCGUGUUUGGUUUUUGAAGUUCUUUAGCAGAAGUUCAGGGUCAGAUAGGUACAGGCGCCUUUGUAAUUUGUGUGCUGCGAUUUUGUGAUUUUUAAUUUUUUUUUCCCCUUAGAAUUAGCCUGUUCGACAGUGUACAAUAAAUAAACACAAAAUUCUUCAUGGAGUAUGACUAUAGGCUUGUAACAUUGAUUUUUGUAUACAUAAAUUUUGGCAAUGUAUGAUCAAUUUCAUCAUUUUGAGGUUGGUGCU